AUGGUAUUAGAACCUUUCAUGAUCUUUGAGGGCUUGUGUGAGAGAGAUUUGAGAGAAACCUAUCACCACAAACUCCGACCAAACGCAAAUGGCUGCUAGCAAGUUUUUUCUUUCAAAAUACCCAUUUUUAUGACCCAACACAACAAACUCCUCUAACCAAAAAUGCAGCAAAGAUGUUGUGAUGAUGAAGGUUAACUUUAGGUCCUUCAAUCUUUGAAAGUGGUUGACAAGAGGAUGCAACCAAUUUGUUAAGGCAGAAGAGAGUAUGUGAAGCUGUGAAGUUGAAGGUUAACUUGACGUCCUUCAAUCUUCUUGAGGCAGAAGAUAUGCAAGAAGCAAGAGCAAAAUAUGCUAGUUUGAUGAUGUUUUAUGUUGCUAGUAUGGGUGGUGUUUUAUGCUACAGCAUUAGUCCAAAAAGGCAAGGAUGGCUUGUGAAGAUGCAGAUUGGGACCAAGAGAGUACUCAACAUUGCAUCAAGUCAUUUUCAUGACCGAGUAGCCAAAUCUUUAGCCCAAGGAAGCUGUAGAAGAUGUAAAAGAUCAUGAAGCAACACUUUGAGCUUUGAUGCCAAGGAGGAGUGUUGGAAUUUUUGCUAGAAACGUGGCAUUCAAAUCUGUAGAAAUGAUGAAAUGAAACUACCAUGAAAUGGUAGCAAUGAGGCUGCAAUUUGACAGCAACUAUGGCAGUAAUUUAGCUGCAAAUAUGAUGGAAAUGGAGCUCUAAAAUGACAGCAAAAAUGUGUAGCAAGCUGAGCUACAAAUGUUGAUGAAAUGAGGCUGCAACGGGCAGCAAAUGAAAUGCAAAUGCAUCA